GCCACCUGUCAGUGUCCAUCAGUGCCAGCUGUCAGUGCUGAACAGUGCCACAUGCCAGUGCCACAUCAAUGCCACAUAUCAGUGCCCACCAGUGCACAUCAAUGCCACAUAUCAGUGCCCAUCUGAGCUGCCCUUCAGUGUCACCCAUCAGUGCCAGUCAUUGCCACCUCUCAAUGCCAGUCAGUGCCACCUAUCAGUGCUGCCAAUCAGUGCCACCUAUCAGUGCCAUCAGUGCCGCCUAUCAGUGCCAUAUAUCAGUGCUGCCUUUCACUGCCCAUCAGUGAAGGAGAAAAAUCACUUAUUUACAAAAUUUUAUAA